GAUAUAAGAACAAGCAUUUAUCUUUGGUUAAGAUUUGUUACUGUAACUAUACAAAGCUUGAUGUAAAAAAUAUAGAUUAUUUUGAAUUCACAAUCAAAAGCACAUUUACAUCUUUGAUAGCAAAUACAGUACAUUUACAUAGUUUAAUGAACCCAUCGUCGUAAAGUUUCUACAAAAAAUCCCUCGAAGGAAGGAAGGCAACAUCAAUGGCCAAUCUCAGAUAAAAAAGCAAUCAACUUCAGCGCUUACCACUACAAAAGAUGCCUUCUUCCUGCUUUGUCUGCUUCCCAACAGCUGUGUUGCCCAGCAAUCAAUCCCCUCUAUUUGGUGGGACCUUCAGCACACCAACGCAUACCCCUUUCUCUACUCCAUUUCUCUGCAUUUAAGCACACCCGUGACCAUUCUUGCAUCAUCAAUUCCACUUGUCAUGACUCUCUUCCUCCUGUUCUGCAUCUCUUUUCUUCUUGCCCUGCCUUGUUGCAGCAAUGCUCAGCCCUCUCCAGGAUACUACCCAAGCUGGAGGUUAAGACCAGUGGGGUUCUAUCAUGGCUUCACUAAUCUCUGGGGGCCUCAGCACCAAUGGGUCUCCAGUGACCAAUCUUCACUAACCAUCUGGCUUGAUAGGAACUCAGGAAGCGGGUUCAAGUCGAUUCGAGCAUUUCGAAAUGGGUACUUUGCUGCUUCAAUCCAGCUUCAGAGGGGUUACACGGCAGGAGUUAUCACAGCAUUCUAUCUUUCUAACAAUGAAGCACAUCCUGGGUUCCAUGAUGAGGUGGAUAUGGAGUUCCUGGGGACUAAACCAGGGGAGCCAUAUACGCUGCAGACGAAUGUGUAUGUGCGAGGGAGCGGCGAUGGGAGGAUCAUAGGAAGGGAGAUGAAGUUUCAUCUAUGGUUUGAUCCGACGGCUGCCUUCCAUAACUAUGCCAUUCUAUGGAACCAGAGAGAGAUCAUGUAAGUAUUACCUUAAUUCAAUGAUGUAUUGAUUUAGAAUAAACUAUGUACUUGUCCUUUAAUGAGAGUAUGUUCUGGAUUAAUUAGAUGGGGCAGACAAAAUAAACAGGAUGGUAGGUUAGAAGCAACCACCUCUCUUUGAUGAAAACUAAUGAUUCAAUAACAUUUAAACUCCACCCCACCCCCAAACAAAAAAGAAAAUCAACAUAAAAACUUUACACUCUCCUAGAUAUAAUUGGUCCACCUAUAAAUAAAAAGUUCAAAUAAGUUUUUAUGUACAUUUUUUGUUUUUUGAGAUGAUAGCAACACACUUUAGGAAAUGGCAAAGAAAAUGGGCACAUAUUACAGUCAGCAACAGUAAAAAGGCCAGUCCACAGUUAGCAGGUUGAAUGAAGGGCUUCAACUC